AUGUCCGCAAAAACUGUACAAGGCCGCAAUGGCAAGAAGCCAGCCUCCCCGGCUGUGAACCUCAUCGCUGGUGGUGGUGCCGGUAUGAUGGAAGCGCUCGUGUGUCACCCUCUUGACACCAUCAAAGUUCGGAUGCAGCUCUCCCGCCGGGCCCGCGCACCGGGUGUAAAACCCCGCGGGUUCGUUGCCACCGGUGUUGAGAUCGUGAAGAAGGAGACUGCCAUGGGUCUGUACAAGGGUCUGGGUGCCGUCCUUGGUGGUAUCAUCCCUAAGAUGGCAAUUCGGUUCACCUCCUACGAAUCAUACAAGCAAAUGCUUGCUGAUAAGGAGACCGGUGCCGUGACCAGCAAAGCCACUUUCCUGGCUGGUCUUGCUGCUGGUGUGACCGAAGCCGUGGCAGUGGUCAAUCCUAUGGAGGUUGUUAAGAUUCGUUUGCAAGCACAACAUCACAGUCUGGCAGACCCUCUCGAUACCCCCAAGUACCGCAGUGCACCACAUGCGCUUUUCACCGUGAUCAAGGAAGAGGGAUUCAGCACUCUGUAUCGCGGUGUCUCCCUGACUGCCCUUCGUCAAGGAACCAACCAAGCUGCCAACUUCACAGCUUACACCGAAUUGAAGGCUUUCCUCCAGAGAGUUCAGCCCGAGUACAGCAACACACAGCUUCCUUCCUACCAGACAACUUUUAUCGGUCUGAUCUCCGGUGCUGUUGGACCUUUCUCCAACGCCCCGAUCGACACGAUCAAGACGAGACUGCAGAAGACCCGCGCUGAGCCCGGUCAAUCAGCCGUAUCACGUAUCAUGGUCAUUGCGAAGGACAUGUUCAAGCAAGAGGGUGCUCGCGCCUUCUACAAGGGUAUCACGCCCCGUGUGAUGAGAGUGGCACCUGGUCAGGCCGUCACUUUCACCGUGUACGAGUUCCUGAAGGGCAAGCUGGAGACCUCCGGGUGGGCUUUCGUUGGUGGAAACUAUGAAGAGUAA